AUGGACUUUCACAAGACAAGGGCACGUAUAGUCGAGGCUCGUAAAAAGGGCGAGUUUACGGACUUUACAUUCAUUUGUGAGGGCGGAGACAUAGAUGUUCACAAAAUCAUCGUAUGCAGCCAGUCUCCGGUUUUUCGCGCAGCAUGUGCCGGUCAAUUUAAGGAAGCUCUGUCUGGAACCUACGAUUUGAUGUCUGAUCAGCCCGAGAUGGUCCAGCUCAUGGUCGACUAUCUCUAUACGGGCGACUAUUCGGUUGAUAUGAAUGGAGCGAGCGAAGAGGACACAGGCUACAAUUCGGCAGCUCUUUCUACACAUGCUGUGAUGUACUCCCUGGGCGACAAAUAUGACAUCGAGGGACUCAGAAAUCUAUCGACGCAGAAGUACUGCUCGGAAUUACAUGGAAGCUUGAGCACGAACGACUUUUUCUCAUCUAUCCCAUAUGUCUACACUCUGACACCCGAAAGCUCAAGGGAUCUUCGAGACCCAGUCUUGUCAUUCGCCCGGAACCUGUUGGGCGGUGAAGGGCCGACAACCCUGGGAUUUGUCCAAGAAGCGAUGGACGAGUUGUUCGUUGAGUGCCCGGAAUUUGUCAAAGAGCUUUUGUACUCUUUGCUACAGUCUCCCUUGAUGGGUUACUGCCCCUGUACUGGCACCAGAGAUAUGGUAUCUAUUGAAGCGAGAGAAUGCCGUUGUAGGAAAUGUGGCAAAAGUGGUGCCAGUCUGAGGAGACCGUAG